AUGUUCCAAUCAUUCAAGCCGAACCCCAAGGUAUAUCUCGGAGCGGCAGAGAAGCUGGGGGUCAGGCCGGAGGAGUGUGGGCUGGUGGCCGCGCGUCUCAGCGAUUUGAAAGGUGCCCAAGCGUGCGGAUUCUAUGUAAUAUAUAUUGACAGGCCGUUGGAGGAAAAAAAUCCAGAGUUGCGGGAGGAAAACAUUCCGGACAUGCGGAUCAAAGAGGAUGAGAAUGGGUUUGUUGCCCUUGCUGAGCGUUUGGGAAUACCAGCUAGUUAA